AUGGCUCGAGUGAGUGGAAGGUGGUUCGGUCAUGUAGGAGUUGGGUCGUUAGGGUUCAAAUGGUCGGGAAAGAACAAUUGUUUGGAUGGCAACGGACUCGUAGGGGAGGAGAACAAUGUUAAUGGAGGAGCUUGCGAGGCUAUUGGGUUUAGAUGUAAAGUGGAGAUUGAUGACUAUAGGGUAAAGAUCGGGCAGUUUAAGAAUUUGCAAUAA